AUGUCGAAUUCGGUUUACGGCAAGGCGCUCGAGAACCCUGAAAAACGAACCAAAGUGCACAUUGUCACGCGCUGGAGAAACGUCAAGCAGAGACUAGGAGCCGGUGUUUUGAUAGCUAAACCCACGUUCGACAGCGUGGCGAUCUUUACCCCGUCCAUGGCGGCCGUGCAGAUGACCAAAUCGGUUAUCAAGUACGACCGGCCGUCAUACGCGGGUUUCGCCGUGCUGGAGCUGUCAAAAUACAUUCUGUACGACUUCCAUUACGGGUACAUGGUACCCAAAUAUGGCUCUAAAGCGCGUGUCAUCUAUGGAGACACGGACAGUCUGUUUUAUUGGGUUGAAACCGACGAUUUUUAUGCUGACAUGAAGGCUGAUAUCGACAAGUACGAUACCAGCAACUUCAGUCCGGACAACCCAUACGCAAUGCCUUUGGUCAACAAAAUGGUUUUAUGGAAGAUGAAGGACGAUGCUGGUGGUAACAUCGUCAUAUUAUUCAUCGGCCUUCGGAGCAAGUCGUACUGCUCCGAUUCGGUCGAACCGUCGAUAAAUAAAAAAAAGCUGAAAGGCAUCCAACGCGCGGUCGUGGAAAAGACGAUCACCCCCCAGGACUACUACGACUGUCUCGUUAUCCCGAACCACAAGGUAAUGAGACAGACGUGUACGUUUCGGUCGAAACGCCAUAGACUGACCACCGAAAUGUGCACGUAA